AUGGCAUUGUUAAAGGAAGCAUCAAAUUUAAAGCUGAUUACUUUUGCUGCUAUUCAGGAGAGAACAGAAAAUUUUUCUUAUGGUGAAUUAGAUGCAUCAAAUAAACCUCCUCCUAUACAAGUUAAACAUCUAAACAAUGAUCGUAUCACUGGAAGUGCAGCUCAAAAAUUCUGUUUGUUUCGAUUGUUCCCAAUCAUCUUUUCUGAUAUGGUCGAGCAUUUAAAAUCAUUUAAAAUUUACCUCAUUUUGCGUGAAAUGUUGGAUAUAAUAUUAGCUUUGCCUCAACGAAAAAGUUGGCUUCCUUAUCUUGAAACGUUAUCAAUAAAUUUUCAGUGUAUGAUGUUAGAGCUUUUACCAGAUAAAGCAACACCGAAGGUACAUUAUGCUACUGAGUAUACAAAAAUAAUUGAGGAAAAUGGUCCACCACUAAGGUAUUGGUGUAUGAGGUACGAAGGUGCUCAUCUAUAUUUCAAGAAAAUCGCUAUGCAAUCUUAUAAUUUUAAAAAUAUUCCUAAAACGUUGGCACAAAGACAACAACUUAGACAAUGCUUUUUAAUGUCCAAGUGUCGAUUUUUGAAAUCAUAUCAAGAAGCUAGUGGUAAUAAAAUAAUUUAUAUGCAUGAAAUUGAUUCCAAAGUCAAAGUUCUUUUAAAUCAUCGAUAUGGAUCACAAUUUAUUCAAUCACAAACAUUAUUGCAAUGCUCGCAACUAAUUCAUAAUCAUGUUAUUUAUAAACAACAUGCCGUUUACGUUUAUGACUUAGAACAUGUGGAGGAAAUACCAGUAUUUUUUCAAAUAAUUCAUAUAUUAAAGUUAAAUCAAGAAUGGAUAUUCGUUGUAGAUCUUCUGAAUACUGAUGGAUUUAGCACUAAACUAUGGAGCUACAGAGUUAGCUCAUAUGAUCGACUUGACAUAGUUUCACCAAAUAAUAUAAAAUAUUAUCACAAAGGACUUGACUUAUAUAAAGUAGAUCAUUUUCAUGUUGUUAAUCUAACCUCAAGACUAACAAAAACAAAUUGA